CCGAUCAAACAGGAAAUGGACGGUUCAGAUGAUGAAAAUUCAUUUGCAACCAUGAGCGAUAAGGCACCAGAUUAUUCCUCCUCACGUGACCGUCCUGCCCCCUGUCCCUCCAAUUUUCCAUCUCCCGUUCCCCUUCUUCGCCUCCUCCGCCCAAUUCUGCAAUCCCAUCCAAAUCUUAAUCUCUCUCUCCCUCUCUCUCUCUCUGAAAUGGCAGCCACAGUCGCUCAGACCAUGUCGAGGCUUCUCUCAUCGCCCAAACCCAUCUCUGUUUCCAGCACCGCGUCUCUGCUCUCCCCCAGAACCCUCUCUUCAACCCUCCUUUCCACCCGUCUCCGCUCCCUGCAGCUUCGGCAGCAUCGCACUACAUCCCAUAGAUUCUCCACAGCCUCCGCCCCUCCCUCAAUCUCCGCCGCCAUCAAGGUUGGCGACAAGCUCCCGGACGCCACCCUCUCCUACUUCGAUGCCGCCGACGAGCUCCAGACCGUCACCGUCUCCGACCUCACCGCCGGCAAGAAAGCAAUCUUCUUCGCCGUCCCGGGGGCCUUCACCCCGACCUGCUCUCAGAAACACCUCCCCGGAUUCGUGGAGAAGGCGGCGGAGCUCAAGGCCAAGGGCGUGGACACCAUCACCUGCGUCUCCGUCAACGAUGCCUUCGUCAUGAAGGCCUGGAAGAAGGACCUGAAUGUCGGCGACCAAGUGUUGCUUCUCAGCGAUGGAAAUGGAAUUUUCACGAAGGCAAUUGGGUGUGAGCUCGAUUUGAGCGACAAACCGGUUGGGCUCGGGGUUCGGUCGAGGAGGUACGCCAUGUUGGUGGACGAUGGCGUCGUGAAGGUCUUGAAUUUGGAGGAAGGCGGUGCUUUCACAUUCAGCGGCGCCGAGGAUAUGCUCAAGGCGCUCUAAGCACGUGUCGGUAAUUUUCUAUAUUAAGGUUGAGCGAUUAGAGUCACAGUUUUGGAGUCGAGCGAUUUGUGUUUGAUGAAUUGUCCCAGUGUCGUGAAUUGGCGUUUAUGAUGUCAUCUAUAGACUUUUCAUGGUGAAUGUCCUCAACUUGGAACUCUUUUUGAUAUUUUGGUGGCGAGACACUUUUUUUUUU